CGGCCAGCGCUGCCGUGCACUCGCGCGCCGAAUCUCACAACAGACCCACGACCGAACGACCGACACUCACGCCCGGUGUCGUAUUACGCUCUAAAUAUAUCUCGCGAGCGCGAUCGCCUAUUUGGAAACCGUCGCGCGCCGUGUUUUGAACCAGUGAUUGACAGUGCCGAGUGAAGAAUUUUCCGAUCGACGUAGUAUUCGCCGCCGACAUGGCACAGUUAAUAUCUGUGCGUUUGAACAAGUCCGAUCAGCAGCCACUGGGCUUCAGGCUGCAAGGCGGCAAGGACUUCGGAACGCCUCUCGUCGUACAAAAGGUUAAUGGUGGCAGCGCGGCUGAACGUGCGGGGCUGCAGGCUGGAGAUGCACUGAUUCGUGUGAACAACACUGAAGUAUACGCUCUGCGUCAUCAGGAAGCACAGGACGCAAUCAGAGCAGCUGGCCCCAUGCUGGAACUCACUGUACAACGCGGUGGUGGCACCUGGAAGCCAUCAGUGACUCCGACGGGCAGUCUGCCGAGGCCGGGCACUCGACCGCUGGGCGCCAAUCCGACGCCCGUCACCAACACAUCACUCAAAGCAAACCAACAGCCUUCCCGCGCUUUUGGUUCUGGACACAACAACGUCGCCAAACCUUUUGGUUACAUGAACGGCACUGACUCCGUAAAAGGCAUCGUGAAUAAGCAAUACAAUACGCCUGUCAACAUGUACAGUGAUAAAACCAUUGCCGAAACUCUAUCAGCCCAAACUGAAGUUUUGGCUGGAGGCGUACUCGGAGUCAACUUCAAGAAAAACGAGAAGACCUAUGAUGCCGAGAAAAGCGCUGUAUUCAAAGUUCUGCAAGAAGAACAAAACGACCCUGAACCAGCUGAAGCGCCGUCCGCUCCGACGACACCCGCGCCAGUGAGCGGUCUGAGGCACGUCACCGCGCCCGUCACCAAGCCCGACGCGCCGCUCAACAACACGGGCGGCCUGCCGGUCGGACAGAACAUUUGUGAGGAUUGCGAACGCCUCAUAACUGGCGUCUUCGUACGUAUCAAGGACAAGAACUUGCACGUGGAGUGUUUCAAGUGUUCCACUUGCGGUACAUCCCUCAAGAACCAGGGCUACUACAACAUAAAUGGUAAACUGUACUGCGACAUCCACGCCAAGCUAGUGGCUCGCCAGAACCCACCAGCCGCGAACAUGGAGCCAGUUACUGUGCCACCUGGUGGUCGCAUUCCGACAAACACGUACACAACGCCCCUUCCUCCGUUGUCAACUGGAAAUUACACCAAUGGUUCUUCGUCAUUAUUUAGCCCAUCGAGCAACUUGUCAGGCCCGAAGCCGUUCGGCUCGUCGAUCGGCUCGGCGUACUCCCCGUCGCUGUCGCCGCGCUCCGCGCCGAUGUCGCCCGCGCGGCCCGUGGCGGCCCCCGCGCCCGCGCCUGCCCCCGCCCCACCCGCACCCCUCUCUGCUCCCUUCGCACCGACUAAUGAAACACAAAAUAUCACCAAUACACAUAAAAUGGAAUUUAAAAGUCCAGCUGAAGAACGAUUAAUAAGAAAAAUGGCAAAAAUGGCUUUAAACGGAUAUGAAAUUGGUAUACAGAGGAAAAUCAAACCCGCAGAUCACAUACAAUCUAUGGCCGAUAGAAUACAAGAUACGAUAGUCACAAACCACCCCUUAAAUUCAGAAAACACAUCAUCUGGUGAAAACAGUCGUGAUAAUACACUUAAAAGACCAUCAGCCAAAGUAACAGACAGAGUAUUUAAGCAAGCAGAAAUUAAUCUACCGCUAUUAAAUGCAUCAAAAGUAAACAGUUCCAAUGGCGAAGCACCUCUUCCACCGCCUUUACCAACGACUCCAAUUCCAGUUUUUCAUAGUCGCAAUGCAAUGAAGAAUUCGAUGACAACCGAAGAUUCUGUUUUGCUUCAAAUAACAAAAGAUUUAACUCCUGGAGAGAAAGUUCAAAACGGGAACAUGUAUUUAAGCUGUGAAGAUUCAAAAAAAGAUAAAGUAGACAAUAUUUACACAAAUAGCUUACAUCAAAGGUCCAACUACAAUAAAUCGGCAUUUUUAAAUGAUUCACCUUCGUUCGAAAUUCACAAAAGUGACGCUAAAAUUGAGUCAAACUUUUCAAACACCAUGAGCAAAAGGAAACUAUUUGAAAGAAGUGAUGCCAUUAAUGAUACAAAUUUCUCAACAGAUAACAGUUAUUUACAAUACAAACAUAAUGACACAAAUAUUAACAUAUCAGACAAAAAUAAUAUAUACAAUAAAACAGGAAACAAAACUAACAACAAGAUCAUAAAUUCUGUAGAAAAUGGGAAAGAAAAAUCUUCGGAAGGUACAGAUGAGUCUCAAAAUAUAUCUUGUAAUUUAUAUGAUAAUACACUGUAUACUUAUAAAAAUGCUAAAACUGAAAAUGAUAUAUCGAAUGGACAGAGCUUAAAUAACGAUGACUAUUUGAAUCGAAUUAAUACCAAUAAAGAUAAUACAGAGGAGACCGUUGUAAGACGGCGGGAAAAGAAAAAUAUUAAAAAAGAUGACGGUAGAAGGGAUUCACAUAUCAUUGCUAGGCCAUUAAGUACCAUGACCUCACUUGAUGUUGCCGAUGGACACUACAUAUGUCACGUAUGUGACAAAGCUAUUACCAGGGGUCCAUUCAUAACGGCUUUGGGACGCAUAUGGUGUCCAGAGCACUUCAUUUGCGUCAAUGCUACGUGCCGUCGCCCCUUGCAAGAUAUCGGGUUCGUUGAAGAAAAUGGUCAACUGUAUUGUGAAUUCUGUUUCGAACAAUAUAUUGCACCAUCGUGCGAUAAGUGCCACGCUAAAAUCAAAGGGGAUUGUCUUAAUGCUAUCGGAAAACACUUCCACCCCGAGUGUUUCAGCUGCGUUUACUGCGGUAAACUUUUUGGAAAUAAUCCAUUCUUUUUAGAAGACGGUCUACCAUAUUGUGAAGCAGACUGGAACGAGUUAUUUACGACUAAAUGUUUCGCAUGCGGUUUCCCCGUGGAGGCGGGCGACAGGUGGGUCGAGGCGCUCAACAAUAACUACCACAGUCAGUGCUUCAACUGCACGGUGUGCAAAAAAAAUCUCGAAGGACAGAGUUUCUUCGCCAAGGGAGGACGACCUUUCUGCAAGAUUCACGCCCGCUAAAAGUCCACCAAAAAUUAUUUAUAACUCUGAUACUGUUUAUUCGACUGUUACUUUUCGCCCAGUCUCUCUUUCUCCUCCUAAACCAUCCGCUAAUACUAGUCCACCACAAAGGACCAGAAAAUUGGAAACACCCCUCCACUUUGAUGGAGGACUGUUUUCCGAUAUAAGAAGUACGGAUGGAAAGUUAUUGAGUAAAGUAACCGUAGAUCAUAUUCACAGCACUACAAAACACGAUGUGACUGAUUCGCCUAAUUUGUCAGAAAGUUUUGGACCUGAUGGACAUAAAGCUGUUAUUGACGAUAUUAUCAAAACUGAAAAAAUUAUUAAUGAGGAUGUGAUAAAAGUAAAAUUUACUCCUGUUCCUCCUGAAAUUGAUUCGAUUUCAAGACUUUCGCCUUUCCUUAAGAACAGAUCUCUGACUCCAAUAAAUUUCAUAAGAAACGAUUACGAUGAUCUUACAAGUUACCAAAUUGUCAAUUCAUUGUGCAAAGAAAUGCAUCUUCUGCAUCCUUCAGAUGGGAAAAUUAUUGAAAGCGAAUCAAAUCAGAAUGAGGCAAAGUCAAUUCAGCGCGAACAUAGUCCAUUAGCUAACACAGAAAUACCAAUGAAACUGAUAAACAUAGACAGUUACUUAGAAGAAUCUCUAAAUAGAUUAUCUGAAACUAAGGAUAAUACUUGUAUGGAAAAUUUGGAGGUUGGGGGAGAAAGAGAGACAGUAAUAAAAGAUGCCUAUAAUAGACUUAGUCAAGAGAAAAUCCUAGAAGAGGCAAAUACUAUAGUUACAACGGAUAAGAAAGAAGAUCAAGCGGAAUGUGUAUGGAGGUCAUCUUGUACAACCUAUUCUGUUUCUGCUGAGGAUGCGUUUGAAAUAAAGUCAAAAUUGAACAGUGUCGAGAAAAUAAAUCCGGGAGUUUUAAGCGCUAUAUAUAACCUGCCAAUGCAUUAUCAUGCAGCAAUCUUAUGUUUAUUUUUAAUUGUAUAUAAUCUUGUUUACCAAUAUAUCAAACAAAAUUGCCACGGCAAUAAAAAUAACGCUACAAUAUAGAUGAAAUUAUCAUCUUAUCAAAUUAUUUGUAGUUAUUGUAUACUAGUCAAAAAUUUUGGAUAUUAAAAUAAGUUUUCCGGAAUUCAUUUCUGAUUUACAUUAUUAUUUUAAUAACUGUAAAUAAUUGUAAUACUAAAUAUGCUUUGAUAAUUUGCAUACUAUGUUUUUAAUACUACAUAAUUAACAAUUGGGUGCUUUCAUUUUAUUGAAUUUUGCGCGCAAUAUUGUGAUAAAUCGUUUCCUCUAAUUUUACAUAAGGCUUUGUACACAGCUUCCGGAAUGUUUUUAAUAAACUAACAUUAACAGAUUUAAAAAAAUUGCGGAAAAAUAUUUAAAAAAUUAUUGCAAUGUUGUCGAGGAGAACCAAAUGGUGCACCAAUUAUAAUUAUAAAUCCUACUAAGUAUGUAUAGUGUGUAUAGAUUGAUUAUUAUUAUUACGACAUACUAUUUUAACCUUUAACUUGGAAAUCAAAAUACAUCAUUAUGUAUCUUUAUUUUCUUCUCUUCUUUUUUGUAUUCAUCUUGUAUUUUGAUGGUAAUUGAUUUUAAUAACUGUGUUAUUUAUUUUAAAAUAAUUAUACACUAUUUAUUUAGAUUUAUAAUAUUGCCGUUAGAAUUAAUGCAUAAGAACAAUUUUAUAAUUAUGUGAGCUUAAAUAAAAUAUUUUAUCAUAA